CUUUUCGCUCGUGAACCUUUCAAAUGUUCCAUCUCCAGUUAAUGAUACUUUAACAAAUUUUCCAACAUUUCAUCCUGAAUUUCAAAAAACAUGGUAUUCGAUGAUCAGUUUCACAGCUUUCUUACAACUAGUUCCUGGAGUAUUCAUGCUAAUAUGGUCUUUAAAAUACGAGACACUUAGUGUCUUCAUAUUUAAUAACGAAAAAACUUCAACAACUACUUUUAAUAAAUUGCUAGCUGGUUAUAGUAUCGUAACUGGUACAAUUGCGAUCACCUUGAUUAUAUUGGAUCUUGGAAAACUCUUUGCAUCGAUUGCCGUGAUGCAUAAUUAUUUUGAAGCUAUUAUUAUAAUACUUUUACAUCAAGGUGGAAAUCUUGCUACAAAUAAUAAUAUUAUUCAUUAUAGUAUCAUUUAUAUAUUAAUAGCCGGUGGUGCAACUAUUUUACUUCAAUGGCCGUAUGAUGCUUUUUGGUUUAAAGCUCAAGGCCUUUCUCUUGAUUGGGCACUUUUGAUCCAAUUUAUAAGACUAUACCUUACAACAAGACGAAAUUAUAAAAAAGAUGACGAUGACAUUAGUUUACCCCUUAAUACUCCUGGUGAUGAAGGAGAGUCAGGACAUCACAAUGAAUCGAAUAAUAGUCAUCUUCAUCAUGUACUUUUAUUACCUCUCGCUUUGCUUUUCCAUGUAGCGGGAAAUGUUUUAAAUUCUGUCUUUUGGACCUCGGGACUUGCCUAUGGCUUCGCAUAUACUCCUCUUGCUCUUUAUGUGUAUUUGGAUACUCACUUGAGACCAAAUAGGCCAAAAAAACCUAUUUUCAUACCUGAUCCUUCUAUUCCAAAU